AGGCGACAAAGGGUUUUAGUAGCCUGAUUCUAGUUCUUCAUUCCAGCUCAAGAGCGAGUAGUUGUAGGUGUCAAAAAUAAAUAGCCGUCGAACAUGAUGUACUUACUUGUUCCAGCAACUAAGUAGUAGAAUUUCCCAUUUGUAGUAGAUGUAGAAUUUCCCAUUUUUUCGCACACCUGUAUAGUGAUCAGAUUUGUAAAAGCUGCGAGACAUCAUUUUUCAAAUGCGCGACAACGACCACAAACGGCGGCAGCGGCAGCGGCGCGCCGCCGAGAAGCAGAGCCGGAUUCAAAAGAUCUUAGAUCAAGCGUUGAGCGGACUGCCCAGGUUGGCAGAAAUCAGCAUCAAUUUGGACAAUUACCCCGGUAGGACUGGUGCAACUACAGGAACAAGUUCCGAUGAUUUAUUGGAGAGCGCCGGCAAAAAUAACGACUUCAUUUGUCCCCCUUGCCCACCCGAAUCAGGCCUGUCCGAUCGGGCACAACGAGGAAUUCCUGUUGCUACGGUGGGGGGACGAGACCGCAGAAUAUUCCCCCGACAAGGCGAUGAAGAUGCUCUCGAGACGAGGAACGACCCUGCUAGAAGCAACUCUCCAUCCCCCUCUUCCGCGCGGUCCUUCAGUACAGAUAUCGAAGAUUUGGACGUUCUUGACGGGGAAUCAAUCACAUCCGAGGAGACGAAAGAAGAACCCUAUUCGACGUUUAACACGGCAAAACUGGACCUUUUCCUGGAGUUCCCGGAGAUCGAGCUGUCGAGCGAAUUCGCGAUUCCCUGGGACACGAUCCCGAGCUGCUUGACCGGAAGUGGUAGUUUGGAACAGAUCUGGGCGGUCUCAGGGGAAGGAGGAGGAGGGGGUAGUGGUGGUCAUGGAGCAACAAUAGCACAGAAAAUACUAACCGGACAAGCUUCAAAAGAUGAACAGAGUGCCAAUUAUACUAAAAACGGGCAGCGCGAAGGAAAACACGAAAUUCCUCCUUCUUCCUCUCUAUCGAAUGCAAAAGCGUCGUACUAGGAUAAAUUGCAUUACAAAUUCGCUCAGCAUUACAAAUGAAACUUGUAAUGCUGUUUUCCCUUAAGAGAGAGAUUUGUCAUGCAUAGCAGCAAUUACUACGAAUACGAUACUUUUGCACAGGAUACUCACACCUGCUGAAAGCGGAGGCGAAGCGGUUGGAAAAAUUUUUGAAGAAUAUGGAUUGCAAAAAUGUCUGGGUCUGGAAGAUUGCAACUUGUCAUGGUAAAUCUGAAGCAUGCAAAAAUCUGUUUUGCAUGAGUGCCAAAAGCUGUCCACUUUUGACCAAGUUGGAAGGGAGUUUCUCAUGCAGGACAGGCAUGGCGGAGACUUCGCAGAGUCUGUCAUGCUAAGUCCCGCAUUCCAGACCUCAUGGGUCAUGGAAAAUCUGCAUGACAAAGCUACACUCUUCCAGACCCAGACAUUUUUACAUUUGAUAAAGAAAUUGAAGAAGCAAGUUGCCGAUGGCGAUAUCACGGAAGAGCAGAUGGCAGAAAGACUGCAGAAGCACGGGAAACAACAAGGGCUGCGCAGCGACAGCAGUGGCACACCGGAAGUAGUAGAACAGGUCGCUGGUGACAAAAGUUGUAGCAAUAACAACUCUGGAGGCGACAGGAGCGCAGUUAGUAUAAUUCCUGCAGGACGAGCCGCUUCGACUUCUAUCGCCACUUCGACAAGAACGUCGAGCGCGCGACUCACUACACCGGUUAUGACCGCCGCGCGGGACUUUCGGAAGAAGCAGCAAAUUCAGAACAUCUACCAAAUGAUCCGGGAAAUGAGGAUAGAGGAAAAGACAACUACAGAGGUAGAAACAGACGGGGACCACGAAAAUUCUGCCAUGCACAGCAGCAACACAAAUGACACGAAAAUAACGCACUACGAUAUCGUGGAUUUCGGUUGCGGGUCCGGUAACCUCACCCUGCCCCUCGCUUUUCUCCUGCCCAACACGACCUUUCUCCUCCUAUCAAAUGUAAAAAUGUCUGGGUCUGGAAGAUUCUGAGACUUGUCAUGCAUAUUUUCCCUGACCCAUGAUGUCUGUGAUGCAUGCCUUAGCAUCACAGAUUUUUUGGGGGCUUCGCGAUGCCUUUUCCGCAUGACAAAUGCCCUCUCCGCGUAGCAAAAAUCGCACCCCCUUUGCUGCUCAUGCAAUACAGAUUUUUUUGGAAUCCAAAUUCAGCAUCACAAGUUGCAUUCUUCCAGACCCAGACAUUUUUACAUUUGAUACCUCCUCGACAAGAACAAAGAAUCCGUGGACCUGGCAUAUAACCCGCUCAGGUGUUACAAUCUCAAACGUUACAAUAGAAUUUGGAAAUCUGUGAUGCAAGAAUGCAUGAUCUAGUCAAUUCUCAUAGGAUUGCGCAUGACAGGUUCCGGAGCAUCAAACCCCACUACAAUCUGGCGAAAUUUGUAUUGCAGAAAGUGAAACGCUCUGCGAACCUGUCAUGCUCAUCAUGCAAGACAAAUCUCAGAUUCUAUUGUAACGUUUGAGAUUGUAACGUUUGAGCAAGUCAUAUGGCAAAAAAGCGGGCGGAGUUUAUCAGAAUGAAAAACGCCUCCACCCCAUUAUAUUCAAAAGACAAUUUGUAUUGCUGGAUUUGUGUACACAAACAAACAUUGUAUUGCAGCAAGAGCGUUCUGGCAUAUGCUAAGCCCAGUUGGGUACAACUACGCAUCCGGCUAGCAGCUGAGCAUGAGAAACAGGUCGGACAUAGGCGAAAAGGCAUGACAGAGUCGCUGUAAAAUGUGCCAAAUGGCGGGUGCCGUUUGCCUUGUACGCAAGACAAAGUUGAUUUGUGGCUACAAAUCAGCAUCCCAAAUUUUCUUUUUGAUAUGGGGAUGAGGGAUUUUUCCUUACGAUAGAGUUGGCGGGUCUGAAAAACGUGAAGGCAGUAGUUUCGGAUUUGGCCUUCACGGUGACGAACGACGAUUCCCACAUUUUAGGAAGAAACGCCUCCUUCUCCCUCGGCCUGGGGCUGCACUGCUGCGGAAAUUUCUCUGAUUUGGUGCUGGAGAUUUGCUUGCUGAAGAACGCGGACUGCGUUUUGGUGCCCUGCUGCCACGGGAAGAUAUUACAGUUGGAUUGCUUCAAGCCGGUGGAAAUAAUAAAUCGCCGUUUUGAUCAUUACAGGACAGCAAAUCAGUUUGAAGAUUUCCAGUUCCCCCGAUCAAAAACGCUGAGAUAUCAAGCGCAAAUAUGUCUGGGUCUGGGAGAAUGCAUGUUUGUCAUGCUUGUCUGGCAUAAGCAUGACUCUUAAAUCUGUCAUGCACGUCACCCAAGAGCCCCUUUUUUCUGUCAUGCAGAACCGCAGUUUGUCAUGCAGAAUAGGCAACACCUGGAAGCUCCGAAACUUGUCACGCUGAGCCAGCACGUGUGGCCUCCUCAUGAUACGCCGCCCAGCAUUACAAGUUUCCAGACAUCCAGGGAUAUUUGCAAGGCAUAUGAGGCACCGCCUGGCCAUGUUCCGUCGACAAAUGAACAAGCAAAAGACCACCACUUCUACGACAAAUCUCGUCGACUACUUUGAGUUAUUGACGAAGUCAGCGGAUAAUCUGGAAUGCGAGGAAGCCAAGAUGCUUCUGGAGUACGACCGGGCACUGUAUGUGAUGGAGCGGAACUUCUUGGUCCGUCAACAGCCAUAUCAAAUGCAAAAAUGUCUGGGUCUGGAAGGAUCCGAACUUGUGAUGCUGCAUUUGAAUUCCAAAAAAAUCUGUAUUGCAUAAGCAGCAAAGGGAAUGCAAUUUUGGCUACGCGGAGAGGGCAUUUGUCAUGCGGAAUAGGCAACAUCACGAAGCCCUCAAAAAGUCUGUGAAGCUAGGGCAUGCAUCACAGACAUCAUGGCCCAGGCAAAACGUGCAUGACAAGUCUCAGAAUCUUCCAGACCCAGACAUUUUUGCAAUUGAUAAGCCAGUAAUUGGUGCGAUAGAAGAAGAAGGAGGGGCCGGUCGUGGUUCUGAAGACGCUUUGAAUGAUGUUGAUCAUAGAAUUCGUUCUAGCAGGAAUACGAAAAAAACGUAUGAGAUAGCGUUGAAACGAUUAUCUCCGCCGACCUGCACUGCGAAGAACCUAGUGCUGCAGGUCAUUGGUAAAGCGGCGUGAAGUUAUUAUUUCUAGGGACUAAUCAGAGCGGCACCGCAUGAAGAUUCACAUCGGAGAUUAAAACUGAAAAAAACUACAAGGAGCUCCUGCUCUUGUAAAAGCGACAUCAAGAACGACAUUGAAAAUUUCUAAUAUACGCCGGGGCAUACUCAAUGAUGAUGCCUUGUGUAAAAAUCGUGAAGAU